GGCGACAGCACCGGGAUUUGUGGGAAGCAGAGCACCUUGCAGCGUGUUUUCCUGAUGGAGAGAAAGCCUGAGGAGAUGCUGCUGCUGAAACCGUCCGUUUCUCCGGCGUUUUCACGGAUUCUCUCGGCCUCAGGGAUCAUUUAACGAACGCAGGGACCUAGUUCUCUCUCGACAGCCGCCGAAAGACUCGGCCGACGCGGUGGACGCGAGCUGAUGUCGACGUCCGAGGCGGGUCGCGCGCAUUCCUUCGAAUAUUCGCCGGAAGAAUCGGCGCGAGCGUUUGUUUUCAUUUCGGUGUCGACCGAUGGCGAUGCCGCGCGCGCUUCGUAGCGAAAAGCGGGAAUAAAACACGCAAAGACGCGUAGAAGAGGCCCGUGGCCGGCUUUGAACGACGUCGGCCCCCUCUCCUCCAUCACCCAAGCAUGGACAGGUUAGAGGAACUUGUAAACCAGUGGAUUUGGAGGCAGGAUUUCUGGCUUCCUCCCGGCGUCUCGUGGAAAGCCGUCUCCGAGGGGGCGGCGGGCGGAGGUUGGCGGCCCGUACCCCGCGACCUGCUCAUCUCCCUGCCCUUGGCGCUGGGUUUCAUCGCCCUGCGCUUCGUUUUCGAAAGGGCCGUGGCGCUGCCCAUCAGCCGGAGCUUGGGCGUCCGGGACAGGGUUCGGGAGCGAGUCACGCCCGUCCCAAAGCUGGAGGCCUUUUACCUGCAGAAGAAGAAGCAGCCGCCGCCGUCACAGGGUGACUUGCUGCUUCUGGAGAAGCUCUGUGGUCUCUCUCAGCGUCAGAUCCUGACCUGGCUGCGUCAUCGUCGAAACCAGGACCGGCCCGGAAACACCAGGAAGUUCUGCGAAGCCUCGUGGAGGUUUGCGUUUUAUCUCGUUGCGUUCUCGGCUGGCCUCGUAUCGCUGAUUAACACUCCGUGGUUUUGGGAUCCUCGGGAAUGCUGGCACGGAUACCCGAGACAGGCCGUAGGAGAAGCUCAGUACUGGUAUUACAUGGUGGAGCUGUCCUUCUACCUCUCGCUUCUGCUCUGCGUUUCGGUGGACAUAAAGCGCAAAGACUUCAAAGAGCAAGUCGUUCACCACGUCGCCACCAUUUUCCUCAUCGCGUUCUCGUACUGUGCGAACUACGUGCGCGUGGGAACCCUGGUCAUGCUCGUCCACGACUCCUCUGACUUCCUGUUGGAGUCUGCUAAGAUGUUCAAUUAUGCUGGAUGGAGAAAGACCUGCGAUGCCUUGUUUGUCGUUUUCGCCGCUGUAUUCCUGGUAACUCGCCUUGUGGUUUUCCCAUGCAGAAUCGUCUACACAGCUGUGGUGGAUUCGUUGGACAUCUUUCCUCCGUACCCUGGGUAUUAUUUCUUUAACGGCCUGUUGUUGGUUCUUCAAGCUCUGCACAUCUUCUGGGCUUGGCUGAUUCUUCGAAUGGUUCAUAAAUUUGUCUUUUUAGGCAAAGUGGAACGCGAUGAACGUAGCGAUGAAGAGAGUGAGGCCGAUGAAGAGGAAGAAGAUGACGGUGAUGAAGAACACAACUGGGAGCAGAAAAAGGGUGCCCUGAACUCUAAAUUGGCAUUGUUGGCCAAUAACUGUGUUCUGAACAAUUUAACGAAUCAGAGGCGAAAAAUAAAUAGCAGAAUGCCGAAAGCCAGAUAGUAAUGCUACUUAAAGUAUUUAAACAUGCUAAAUCAUCUCCAACCUUCUUGGCUUAGAUUGUUUCAUCAAUGUCCUACUGUAAUUUCAGACUGCUGAGGUUUUGUUUUAGCGUAGUCCGUAUGUUGCAUAAAACAAUACUACUAGUUAUACAGAAAUAGGAUCAACUUGAAUUAAUUUGUUAAAAUAAUUUAUAGCGCUUUGGCUGAGUAGCACUUUAACCUCAGAUUAAAAAGUACGCAAACAUACAAUUGGUUCAUAAACAGACAUAUUAAGUAUUGCUGAAUUGUUGAUUAGUUGACUAAUUCUGCAACUUUUCUUUAUGAAACAGUGAUAUAUAAAAACUCCUGACUAGAGACACCCACAACGUUUAGAUGCGUUCUUUUUAAAUACUUUUGUAUUGUGUAAGUUGUGUGGAAAUGUGUGAGCUUUCUGCAUUGGAUGUUGUCUUCAAAUUGGGCGUUGGUGGACCACUGGGAAAGACUUGCAACGACAUCUAGUGGUGAACUGUCUGCUUGUCUUGUGGUGUUUUUCCACUGCAUGGUACAGUUUGGUACCGUUCACUUUUGGAGGGUUUUCCACCAGGUAUGGAACCUGGUUCCUGAUACUUAUUUUUUUAGUACCACCUCAGUUGUGGUUACAAGUAUACCACACCAUUACCAAAACGUGCUGCUAAACACUGAUUGUAGUUUUGCUAGAUUUAGAUCUACAUUGCCGGUGAAGAACAGUUUAUAACAAGAGCACCACCUUUUAACAACCAAUAAAUCUUCUGUGGUCUGUAAGGAAGUACAGACGUUCCUCUCGUUGAUAGCUGAGGACUGGAUAGAGCGAGAGUUUGAUGGGGCGUCACGGAAUGACAAUGCUUUCCAGGAGUCAUGGCAGUAAUGUUAGAGGCGGCGCAACUAUAACGGCACAUGAAUAAUCCUGCCUACUCUAAAGCAGCACUAAACUGUAGUGGAAACGCAAACCAACUGCAGUGGAAAAGCAUCAUUAGAGAUUCUGCUCCUGAAAGAUUUUGUUGCAAGAAACUCCCAGUGUUUGUUGUGUUUUGUUGGACCGCUCUUUGGGUGUGCAUUGCCUUACCAAAUACGGAAUCAGAUGAUUUCUCACUGGAGCAUGUGCCUCGAAAUCUUAAAAGUCAAAUUUGAGGAUGCCUAUGUAGGCCCCUUGAUGUAUUGAAUCUGCUCCAAGGGCUAAAGGUAAAGCAUUUUUGUUGUUCUACAAAGUUUAUUUGCACAGUAGCCAUAACUGACCUUUCGUUCUAAAGUUGUGCAUCUGUCUUUAACUGUUUAACUUAUGUUUAAAAAAAAAACAAAC